AUAACAGCUCGGUAUGAGAACUUGUUCAGAAUGUACUCAAUCUUGCAAGCAUUGAGAUCUCGGUCUACUUUCACUUCAGAGGACAAGCUCAAUGCUUUGAUAAAAGCGGCAGGUGUUACAGUGGAACCAUUCUGGCCAAGCCUGUUUGCAAAGGCCCUGAGCAACGUGAACAUUGGGAACCUGAUCUGUAACAUUGGGGCUGGAGGCCCUUUACCUAUGGGUGCUUCCACAUCCGGUGGGACAGCAGCUUCUGGGGGCACUGCUGCAGUUACUGAUGCUGAAGAGAAGAAAGCUGAGGUUAAGGAGGAAUCCGAAGAGUCUGAUGAAGACAUGGGUUUCGGGCUGUUCGAUGAUUAGUCUGUGUAGUUCUUGCAUGAAUAUUUAUUGAAGAACUUCUUAUAAAUAGCAAGAAUAGCAACCAAACUCCAUGCCAAAACGGAGCUCACAAAAUGGAUGGAAAAGGUGAAGGGAGACACGUUUAGUCAUUUCCUUGAUAAAAUUAAUGCUUCAACUAACCAAAUACCUUUGUAUGAGGCCCUCCCAAGUUCCAUCUGAGACCCAUCCUAAAUUUGUCGAGACCCUGCACUGGUAAACCUGAGCUUGCUCCCUGCAGCCAUCACGCCAGGUGUCAACACUGGCCCAAGUCAGAUUUAGCUGAGAUUUGGGAGUUGGAACCUUCCUGUUGCUGCAUGCACCUCUUGCAGUACUGACCUGCUGUCACGUGCAACCUCUGACAUCAGCUUCCUCAAAACCAGUGAAAGUAACUUCUCUCCCCCACCACACACCUACCCUGCAUUUUGAAAUAAUGCUAGAGACUGGGACACUGGGGAUUUUAGAUUGAGAGAGGGGUUGAGGGGGAAAGCGAAGACAGUAUACUACAACCCUACCCCUCCACUGUCACCACUCAAAAUACACUAUUCCAGAGUAGGAGAAUCUGGGGCAGUAUAAGCUGCACCAUUUUAUUGUAAAUUCCACUUCUUGAGCUUAUAUAUAGUUUUAUUUUUCAUAAGAGCUUGAAUUAAUUUAUAACAUAAUAUAAUGUAAGAUGUCCUCAUGUCUGUCCAUUUGAAAAUGUUGCACCCAGAAUGCCUGUUUUAUGCAUCAUCUUGAACUAUAUCCUUGCACCUAUCUAUAAGGAGGUGAGGGAAACUGGACUUGUUAUGAUGGAGAGGUGGAGUUUUGCAUUCUUUUGUUGUAUGUUGCACUCACUAACUUAAAAUCACUGUGGUUUACCGUUUAUUUCUGAAAUGGCGUUGUUGCCUGCAGAAGCAUCUCAUGGGGGGUUCUGCCAGACUUUACAAAGAUCCAAUACAAACCAUCUCUUCCUAGCACCCCUUCUGAACGUUGCUGCACUUUAUUUCCACACUCCCAUCCACUCCAGGAGUUGAAAACUAACAAUGCUGGAAGUCACAGCGGCUCAGGCAGCAUCUGUGGAGAGGGAGCAAGCUAAUGUUUUGAGUCUAGACGACUCUUCAUCGUUAGCUUGCUUUCUCUCCAUGGAUGCUGCCUGACCCGCUGUGAUCUCCAGCAUUUUUCUGUUUUCAGUACAGCUUUCAGCAUCUGUAAUAAUUUGUUCCAACAUUCCAGGAGUUGAACCCUUUCAAAUAUAACUUCAAGAAAUAGUAAGUAUGUCUCCUUUAAAGGUCAAAAAUUGUUUCGUUUUGAAAAUCAGGAACUAAAAAUUCAAUGCAGUGGCAAAAGACAUUAUUGUGAUAUUUUUGAUUGUGCUUGUGGUAUCCUGAAUGUAAGAAAUUAUAUCCAGAUAAAGAAGUCGUGGCUGAAAAUGUGUGCAAUCCUGUACUACAACUGUGUGGAAAUACAAAAGUUGCAAUAAUUUUAAAUGUAUUUUGCUUUUAGUCUUAGUAAAAAGAUAAUUCAA